AUGUCUUUUGACGCCAAUGGUGUGAUAUGCACGGAUAUUAACAAGGCGUCGUUUCAGCUGUUGAGCGAGGAAGAUGUGAAGAAAACAGCGGUGUGUCGCAUAUUUUCUACAGUAAUCUAUGACGGUGAGCAAGCGAAGUUGGGUGGUAUCCACGACCCGCGACUGGGUCCGAUGGAUUCGGAGCCUCGUCGUGGGGACCCAUCAUGUGUGACUUGUGGCGGUCGGGACGACUGCCCGGGUCACUUGGGUUACAUUCAGUUGUACCAGCCGUUGUAUCAUCCGUUGUUUAUGCCGACAUUGGUUCGGUUGUUGAAGGGUACAUGUUUGCUAUGUCGACGGUUGAAGAUUGAUCCGGGUCUGGCCACCAUGUACCUGAAGAAGUUCCAAAUGGUCCAGAUGGGUGCGUUACAGAUGUUGGAGGAGUUUGAGCAGUUGUCCAGUAUGUCAUCUGGAGGCCGCUACGAGCAGAGUUCUUUAGCCGAACGACGGGUAGAAAUGCGUCGCUUGCUGGCGGAUAUGAAGGUCUUGGAGGAAAAACAACGGAAGGAAGGCAAGCUACUGAACCUGGAGGAGGAUAUAAGUGUUAGUUCAUCCAGUAUCGAGAACUGGAGGCGUAUAACGCGGGAUUUAUACGACCGUUGUGCUCAGUCACAUUGUACACAUUGUGGACGUAAAUUCAGUUCAGUUAUUCACAAAAAGGACCUCGAUUCGAACGUCGAGAUUCAAUGGAACUUUGAUGCCGACUGUCCAGUGGACCGUAAUAUCCUGCUUAAGAUGCUGGAUGCACAGGAAGAGAUUGAGCGAGUAGGUGACGACUCUAUCGGGACAGUGCGCGAUGCCAGAAACGUGGCCAACAUAGAUGACGAAGAGAUUGCAAAGGACCACCAAACUCUCGGACGACGAGGCCGGUCGAUGGGUGCAGUCAAUUUGCAAGCCUACCAGAUAUACCCAAUUAUGCGAGACCUGUAUAAUUCCCCGGACCGUCCGUUGUUGCACUUUCUGAUUCCGGCAACGGCUAAGCAUGGAGCGCGAUUUUUCUUCAUGAAUGUCAUUCCGGUGAGCAGCAACAAAUUCCGGCCCAAGGCGAAGAGUCUAGGCUUCGGGUCUUCAGCGGACGCGGGCGCCAAGGCAGAUGAAGAAGGCGGCAUUUUACACCCUCGCUCGGCAGCACUUCUGGAGAUUUUACAAGAGAACGCUAAGAUAGGAUUUGCCUUAGGGGCAUUGCGUUACUUCGACCCAGAGGCUCACUUUGCGAAGGAUGAGGGCUCGCUUGACGCUGCCUUUUCAAUGAAGGAUAAGGACGGUGUUAAAAAGGCUAUCGAAGACCAUAAGGGCAACUACUCGUUGCUGCAUCAGUACUGUCGCCAAACACAGGAGAAGAUAAACGCCUAUAUCGACAGCACCAAGACCAACACUAGGAAUCCACCACCGGCUAUCCGGCAAUGGAUGGAGAAAAAGAGCGGCGCGAUUCGACAGAAAAUGAUGGGCAAACGGGUUAACUUUGCCGCGCGUACAACCAUUGCACCAGACGCACAGAUUAAUACUAAUGAGAUCGGUAUUCCCAUCCCCUUCGCGAUGAAGUUAAGCAUUGCGGAACAUGCUGUACCACACAAUGUGGAUUUGCUGUGCAAGUUGAUAAUGAAUGGGAGCAAAACAUACCCAGGUUGUAACAUGAUAAUUGAGCCAUCCGGACGCAGGUUGGACCUUACGCGGCGCGAGCUGACAGAGAGUCAGAAGCGGAUGCAGUGUAAGUUGUUGCGGAACCAUGUGCAGCACCAGAUGCACAGUGCACAAAACAGUCACGAUCUGACUAAGCCAUACACCGUGUUACGACAUCUAAGGGAUGGCGACGUAGUGAUUAUGAACCGACAACCUUCGCUACAUAGGGCUUCGAUGAUGGCGCACUUUGUGCGUGUGCUUACUGGUCAAAAGACAUUCCGCCUUCAUUACGCUAAUUGUAACUCGUAUAACGCCGACUUCGAUGGUGACGAAAUGAACCUGCACUGCGCACAAGACCCAACUGCCCGCGCAGAGGCGGCCCUUAUCUGUAAUGCCGACUGCAACUACACUGUCGCCAAGUCGGGCGAACCACUGCGCGGUCUGAUUCAGGAUCACGUGUUGGGCGGCAACUUCCUGACAAUCCGAGGCACCUUUCUCACACGACCGCAAUAUUUUGCUUUAGUCUACGUGGGAGUUGCUUCCUUCACGGACAAGGGUGAGAAACUCGAUCUGGACAACGGCAAAGUUGUCAGUUCUGAAUUCUCUGCAGGUGACCCCUACGCGAGAGCAUUGGGCGCCCGCAACCUCCGCAUAGUCGUCGAGGAACCCACCAUCUGGAAACCGGAGCCGCUCUGGACGGGUAAGCAGGUCAUUAACUCUAUUCUCAAGACCCUCAUUGACUCGGUCGCCGUGCUCGAAUAUGGCCGAAAGGCCGACGGUACCGCGAAUCAGGCCUUUCUGAAACGUUACCGCGGCAUCAACCUCGUGAGCAAGGCUAAAACACCGGGUGACGCUUGGAUGGGCCGGCUCGGGACCGAUAAAGAAGAACAGAUCGUCAUCAUCCGCAACAGCGAGCUGGUGCAAGGCGUCUUCGACAAGGCCCAGAUUGGCGCCGCAAGUUACGGUCUCGUGCACCUUUGCUACGAGCUCUUCGGACCCCGUGUGGCAGGUAUGUUGCUGUCCGUGUUCGCACGUGUGUUCAGCUCCUAUCUACAAAUUCGCGGCUUCUCCUGCUCCUCGGGCGACUUCCAAAUGACGCUGGAAGGCGAGAAGGCGCGACAGCGCAUGAUUGCACGCUGUACCGCCGCCGGUACGCUUCUCCAGGAACAGUUCAUCGACUCCGUGUACCAACAUAUGCACUGGCGAGAGAACAUUGAAAACGCCUCUGGCGUCCAGUCCAAGUAUGUACACGUUGGCAAGGCACUCAGUUCCGCCCUUGCCGCCAGCAAACAUCAGGCUGGCACUCUGGCCACGUCCUAUGUGAAGGAACGAUACCAACAGUUCGUCAAGACCGAGCAAAUAAACCAGUUUGUCACGGUAGACGGCCUGCUCAACAAAGACCCCCAAAACGUUAGGCUCAAAAACACCACCGUACCGCCCCACUGGCCCGCAGAUCCCUCCAAGUCGGCCGAAUCGCAGCAGAACUCGCCCUGGCUCACCGAGGCGCAAAGGUCAGAGUUCCGCGACCAGGGCACUGCCGGCUUUGGUGACCAACUGGUGGCUGAAGAGGACCUAAUUCAGAGCAAGGCGGGAUCAAGCAAAACGGGGUUAAGGAAGGCGACGGAGGAGCAUUCCGCGGUAAUGAAGGCGGUGGACUGCGACACGUCCAGUUCGUGGAACGUAUCGCGUUCCCUGCACCUGAUUCCGAAGCAGCCGGACUGGCGACUGGGCGACGUGAAGAAGAUGUAUCAGUGGAUGCUGGGUCAGCUGUCGAAGUUGAAGGCAAUGGGUGCUAGUGACAAGGACACACGGCAGUUCCUUUUGCAGGGUUUUACGACCGUGCCGGAACUGGCGAUUUACUUCCCGGAGUUGGCCAAGGUUGUGGGCACGCGGAAGAUGUGGGCAGGUGAGCGAUUGGAGGAUCGGCUAGUGGUCGCGGCGGCAGCUCGUCUGACAGGCACGGUGCCGCCGCCGGCUCCGUUGGGACGACUG